AUGAUCGAUAAUAUCAAUGAAAUAUUAAAAGUACUAGUUCAACAACAAUUAGAAAUAGAUAUAUUACUAGAAAACUCAGCAAGCAAUAAUUGCUAUAGUGCAACAAUACCAGACCUUAUAAAUAUAGUGAAUAGUAUAAAUCAACAGUUAAGGUUUAAAAACAAAGAGAAAUCCAAGAAAAGAAUUAGAAUAUGCUUCGACAUACAACAUUAUUAUACAGUGGGUGGAGGCAAGAGAAUCGAUGAAUAUCAAAAUAUAUACAAUAUAUAUGGCCAUGAAAUAAUAGUAACACAUGUGAACAAUAGUCCACUAGAAGUGAUAUUCAGUAAAGGAAUAGACAAACAUGCACAUAUAAUGGAUCUAGCAGCAAAAAUACCUAUAGAACAAAUUGCACAAAUUCAUGAAGUAGCAAAAUUAAGAGAAUUUGCUAAUGAUGUAUUGAAUAAAGAAACAAUACAGGAAGAAUGGUCUAAAGAAAAGGACAAAGAAUUAGAACAAAACAAAGAAAAUUAUGAAGGAAUUGUUGAUAUUUCUUAUGGAAUACAAUUCGAAGAGCCAGCUAUAAUAGAUUUAGCUGACCAAAUGAGAUGUAUGACAAUACAUGCUCAAAAUGAAAAACCAAUUAAUAAAGCACAACAAAAAUUGAAUAAACAAUUAAUUAAAGAAAAACAAAAAGCAAUUCAAGAAACUAUAUCAGAUACUUCUAGAAUGGGAAGAUUUGUGAAAGAAAAUCCUACACAAUUAGAAAGAAUAAUUACAGAUAUAUCAAACUUACCAGAUAAAGAAUUAGAAAGUCAUCUAGGAAUAGUAGAAAAGCUUGCAAAAAUAAAUAUUAAUGAUAAAGAAGAGGAUAGAAAGAAAGCCUUAUACAAUAUCAACAAAGUGUGGAAAAAUAAAGAUGUGAUUGAACAAAUAGAAGAAGAAUAUCAAUUUAAUAAAUAUACAUUAUUAAAUAUAACAAAAGAAGAAUUCAAUCAAAUGCCACAAUGGGAACAACAGAUAGCAAUAAGAAACUUCUUGAUAGGAUCAGAAUUCUCAAGUGAAAAAGUAAGAAAACAAUUUCAGAAUAAAUAUAAAGAAUUACUAGCAUCAUCAUUAGAAAAUCAAGGAAAAAUGCAUGAUGAUAAUGAAGUAGAAAAAAGAUUUGUAGGAAAACCACAACCUGAACCAUUCCCACCAGAAGGUGCUACUCAUAAUAGGUAUAUACUGAAAGAAAAUACCUAUAGAGAAAGACCUGUAUCUCCAACUUCUAGUGAAGAAGACUUCAGUCUCAAAAGUAAAAAUAUAGAAGAAUGGCUAAAAAGUCAAGCAAAAGAACCACCUCGACCAAGCUCUCCAAUAAAAGACUUUGUGAACAAAAAUAUUGUAGAUUCAAUAUUUAAAAGAACUCAUGAAAGAAAUAGUAGUACAUCAAGUUUACCAAAAAUACUUUCUAGUUUAAAAAAUAAAAUAAAUCUAGAAAAUGAUGAAGAAUUUAAACUUCAAAAACCACCUAUAAGAUACAAAAGAACAAGAACAGUUGUAUCAAUUGAUACAAAUUUAUCAUCUACAAAUGAAGAUAAAUGGAAGAAAGAAAAAGAUAUUAGAAGAAACUUUUUCAAGAAAGCAGAAAAGAAGAAAUAA